CUCCAUCAACAUUUCCAUAUUUCUUCUUUUCUGCCCAAAUCCAUAGUCCAUAUCCACCCGACACCACUUAGUUGUAUUACUGUACACCACCAACCAACAGGAACGACGGACUGCGAUGGCUUCUUGAUUUCUAAUAGUGCCCCAUCACCGGCACCCGAAUAAACCAAUACUCUCCCCACUUCAUAACAUAUCGACCACCACCACCAUCGAACAAUGUCACCAUGUCGAGACCCUUCUUUCUGGCUCGAGAUCGCCACGUCCAUUCCAUCGUCGCUGCCAUGGUCCCCAAACAACCACCCCGGAUGACCGUCUUCCGCCUUCCGCGAGGGGGAGUUCGACACUUUUCGGUCUCUGCCGCCCGUAGAGAGAUCCUCGACAUCGCCGCCCUGCCCGAUCGCAUAGUUCCGCAUUACCAACAGACAAAGGCUUCUUCCCUGCUGUCGCUCAUCUGGCCCCAGCCGCCGCGCAACGUCCUGCUCAUGCCCAAGCUGCAUGCGCCACACGUCCUCGUUUCCGCCGCCGAGUUCGCCAAACACAUCUACGCCAACUACCCCGGCCUCAACCUCGUCUUCGAAAGCCAUGUCGCAAAGUCCAUCCACGACCAGCUGCCCUUCCCCAUCUACACGGCCGCCCCAGCCGAGGCCACCACCCUCUUCGCCAACAAGAUCGACCUCGUCACCACCAUGGGCGGCGACGGCACCAUCUUGCGCGCUGCCAGCCUCUUCUCCAUGCACCACCAGGUCCCUCCCAUUCUUGGGUUCAGCAUGGGCACUCUCGGCUUCCUCGGCGAGUGGAAGUUUCAGGAAUACAAGCGCGCCUGGCGCGAGUGCUACAUGAGCGGCUGCUCCGUCUCGGUCGAGGACCUGGUGGAACCACACACGCAAGUCGCCGCCCGCCAGGCCGCCAACGCCCACUUGACCGAUCCCCACAAGGACGACGACACCUUGCAAUCUCCCGCCUGGGACACCGUCCGUGGCAAUGGCCAAUGUAUGGGCCUGAAUCGCGCCUCCAAGAUCCUCCUGCGCCACCGCUUGCGCGUAGGCAUAUACGACGCCCAAGGCCGGAAUAUCAAUGAACAGCUCCUCCCGACAUCCACAGCCGAUCCGGGGGACGACAUCAUCUAUCCUAGCCCUGUUUCUGCCCCAGGCACUGGAGAAAUCACCAAAAAGGCCCCGAUCCCCUACCUCCAUGCCAUCAACGAAGUGUCCAUCGACCGUGGCGCCCAUCCCCACCUCGCAAUAAUCGACAUAUACGUCAACAACCACUUCCUGACCGAAGCCGUAGCCGAUGGUAUCCUCAUCUCGACGCCUACAGGAUCCACUGCCUACUCGUUAUCAGCAGGCGGGAGCAUAGUCCACCCAUUAGUAAAAUCCCUGCUUAUCACCCCCAUCAGCCCGCGCUCGCUCUCUUUCCGGCCUUUGGUUUUACCGUUAAACACCAAGGUCGUCCUGAAACUCAGCAAGAGAAACAGAGGGCGAGAGUUACCCGUAAGCAUAGAUGGCAAGCGCCGGGUGGCAGUUAGUCACGGAAUGGAAGUCCGUGUGGAAGGAGAACAGCUUGAGAAGACGAUUGAGCACGGCUGGCGGGGUGGCGUACCGUGCGUUAUACGGUCCAGUCCCAAAGGCGAUACAGAUGGGAUUGCGCAGGAUGACGAUUCUUGGGUGGGCGGGUUGAAUGAGUUGUUGAAGUUCAAUUAUCCUUUUGGCAGUGGUGAGCCGGAGGGGCAGCAUUGAAGUCAGGUGGUUGCUGAACGUCAGAACAGAUAAUUCAGUGUCGGAGGAGUAUGUGUCAUGGCUAAAGAGCCCGAAUUACCGCACAGGAGGGGGACGAUUCCGUCAGAUGAGGUCAGGAUUACCGCGCGUGGGGAACCGCUGUGACAGGAAGGCCAAUACGGGAAUCAGAAAGAGCAGGUUUUACUUUCAGUACUUUGUAGCAAGCAAGCAAGCAAGCAAGCAAGCGAUAGUCGAGCGUAUGUUUCAAAGCACGACAAUAACACAAGAAUAACAUUGAUACCCCUUCGUUACCUUUCAA